CACACUAAAAGCUUGCAAAAACCAUAAGCUUAUCUACUUACUUAUCUCUCUCACAAAUCAUUUUUUUCAAACUUCUCUCUCUCUUAAACCAUGCCUGAGGCACCAAAGAAGGUAUCUUUAGAGGUUUUUGAUCUGACGCUUGACCAAAAAAACAAGCAAAAGCUUCAGUUGAUCGAAGAACUGACCUCUAACGCCGACCAAGUCCAGAGACGUGUCUUGGAGGAGAUCUUGUCCCGCAAUGCUGACGUGGAGUAUCUCCGGCGACACGACCUCAACGGUCGCACUGACCGUGAGACUUUCAAAAACGUCAUGCCGGUUAUCACCUACGAAGAUAUUCAGCCUGAGAUCAACAGGAUCGCUAAUGGUGAUAAAUCACCUAUCCUCUCUUCAAAACCCAUCUCUGAGUUUCUCACAAGCUCUGGAACAUCUGGUGGGGAGAGGAAGCUAAUGCCAACAAUCGAAGAGGAACUCGACAGAAGAUCUCUUCUCUACAGUCUCUUAAUGCCUGUGAUGAGCCAGUUCGUUCCUGGUCUCGAAAACGGCAAAGGAAUGUAUUUCUUGUUCAUCAAGUCCGAAUCCAAGACACCAGGAGGCCUCCCUGCACGAAUACGAGCUUGUUGUCACCACUUACGCUGGGCUUUGCAGAUACAGAGUUGGUGAUUUAUUGAGAGUGCAUUCUCAUGUAUCAUUAUUUUAUAUGAAUAGUUGUAAUCUUAUAAGAACUAGCUUUGAUCUCGUGGAUAGAUUUUGGAAACUUGGCAACUACUACUCAAUAAUUGGUUGGUUAUGUG